AGCUCAACAAGUUAUCGAAUCGAGUUAACUCACGAGCCACCAAACUGAACAUGCUCAACUCGUUAAUAAAUUAAUCAAAGUUUCGAACAAUUUUUUUCAAAAUCAAACACGAAAUCUAAAGUAAACAACUCAACUCAUUUCCAGCCCUACACAUCUCCGGUCAGGUCCCCAUUCCCUCCGUUCACGGUCACUCCCGUCACUCGCUGCCAUUAUUAUCGCACGUUGACUAUAAAAGCUUUCCCACUCGCCGGUCCAUGGCCUCACUAUCGCUCUCCUCCUCACCAACCUUCCUCCGCACCAGAAGCACGAUCUCGUCAUCGGUGCGAUCCCUCUGCGGACUGCCGAUUUCCAAGCUCUCAUUUCGGUCACCCGAUCGAUCGCUCGCGGCAUUAGGUGUCGGAAAGUCGGAUUCUCCGAGGAGAUUGCAGACCAGCCGGGCCAAGGCGUUCUCAAUAGCCGCAAUGGCUGCUGCCACUGCUGAGAAAAAGGUCGAGGUUUUCAACACGGAGGAGGAUAUCGCGGUUUCUCUCGCCAAAUACACCGCCGAUCUCUCCGAUAAGUUCUGUAAAGAGAGGGGUUCCUUCACGGUCGUCCUUUCCGGCGGUUCUCUCAUCAAUUCUCUCAGGAAAUUAUUGGAGCCGCCUUAUAAGGAUUCGAUAGACUGGUCGAAGUGGCAUGUGUUCUGGGUAGACGAGCGAGUUGUUCCCAAGAAUCACGAAGACAGUAAUUACAAGCUCGCUUUCGAUCUCUUCCUCUCUCGGGUGCCUAUUCCACCAGGUAAUGUUUACGCGAUCAACGAUGCAUUGUCUGCCGAGGGUGCAGCAGAUGACUACGAGGCCUGCCUCAAACGUUUGGUGAGCUCAGGGGUGAUAGCCAAGUCGAAAGCUAGUGGGUUUCCGAAGCUCGAUCUCCAGCUUCUGGGAAUGGGUCCAGAUGGGCACAUAGCAUCUCUAUUCCCCGGUCAUCCGCUUUGCAAGGAGAGCACGAAAUGGGUUACUCACAUCUUGGAUUCCCCCAAGCCACCUCCUCAGAGAAUCACGUUCACUUUCCCCGUGAUCAACUCGUCUGCCUACAUUGCGCUAGUCGUAUGUGAAAGUGACAAGGCUGAUGCUGUGCACAGAGCACUGGGCAGCGGUGGGAAUAACAAGGAGCCGCUGCCCUGUCAGCUAGCUUCGGCUGAAGGAGAGUUCAAAUGGUUUCUGGACAAAGCUGCUGCCUCGAAGCUUUAGAUGGACCGAAGAGUGUUCCUGAAGCAAUAUGACGCUCGCGAGUUUUCCCCAGAUAAGCUGCUUUCUUAUAGCAGCAUUACGAGGUGACGGUGGACUGCCCACUGCCUUGAGGUUUUCCUUUUUCUGUAAGGCCAAUAAAAAAGGGAGUUAGGGGGGUUGUUCAAGGAAGAACUGUUUGUUGUAGAGAACAAAUGCUGGUACUGCUUCUAGGCCUUAACUACAGUUCUUUUGUAUACUUCUCCCCGGUAGAUUUCUCUGAAAGAUCGUCAUGUCGAUCUUCAGCUUUCCUGACCUUGUAGAAUGCAGAUUACCUGGUAGAGACGAGGAUGUUGAAUGUAAACAUAUUCGUCCCAACCAAUGAUCAGAGUUUGCCCAGUUUACCUUGCUAUUCAAUAAAAUGUGAAGACAAGCAUGUUGUCAUUCACUCCAAGCUCCCGAUUACUUUGUCGGUCAUCUUCUUUGAUCUCCCUUUUCGUCAGAGAAUCCGUUUUCCAAACCCUGUUUGUGUCUGUCUUGCUUGUCAUUCGGCAGCCAGUUGGACACUGUCCGCCGGUGCUGUAGCAUAAUACCCAAAUCACCCCAGUUGCAGAAGGACAAGGGGGACCGACUCUCUGCACGAGAAACACCAAACAAGAUGAUCAAAAAGUUUGCUGCCCAGAGCUCUGCAUUUUGCCUUAACCGGCAUUGCUCUGCUGCUUUGCUUGCCCCACGUUCCCCUUUUCUUUUUCGGGACUCUUUCUCGACUUCCCAGUGAGCAACCCACUUGGAGCUCUGCCUGCAGCGCGCACUCACGAGUCACGAGGAGCCUCGACAUGCGGCCGGCCCAUGGUGGCAGCAGAGACUUGUUUACUAAGAUAUUUUGCUCGGCGGCCGGAUCUCGCCCUUGAUCGCAAGGAGAUUAGCACAAAGCAGCAGCGGGAUAGCUGGCUGGCUCUAAUUUGGAGACCACCAUCAUUACAAAAGAAUACAAAGUAUUGUGUAUAUACGGCAUUGUGAGCAAGAGGAGCAACACAUGAUCCAUGGAAAGUGAUUUUAUAUUUGCAGGGUGUUUUGGCGAGCAGAUCGGAGACAACGUAUGGGGUCAACUUAAUUAUUGUGCCUUGAUCAACAUGGGAUGGGAUAUGAUUGAGGUUGGUUCAUCCACUUAAAACUACACAUUCAAAGAAAAAAAAAAAGAUAACUGGGUUUGGAUUAACAAUAUCUCCAUUCACGAUAUAACUUUAGAAAUCUCGUAAAUGUAUGAAGAAUACCAGUUCAGUGAGGAUUGUGUACUCGAUAAAGUAUUAUUUUGGAUAUUUUUUUCUGGGGAAUUCUUAAACAAUAGUUUUUUAGUGUAGGAAUUAAUAAUUAUAUCAUGGAAACGAUGGCCAUAUGGUUAUAUAUAUAUAUAUAUAUGUUGAGCUAUGUCUGCCGACGUAUCACUGUGUUUUCAUGUGAUAAGGAAAUAAAAAUGUUGUACUACUUGAACUUCGUGCUUACAGAUCAUAUCCAUCACGAGUCUUUUCUUCCCCCGACUACUACAUGGAAUGUAGUGUAAGCCACAAAAGGAUCACGUUCACAUAGUAUGACCCCAAUGGUUGAACUACUCUGAAGUUCCAGUCGUUUGGUGCGACCACUAUUUUUGAACCCUUCGUUCAUUGAACUUCAAUUACUUUAGUGGUCGUUGGAAAAAAAGGGUGAAAAUUGGUACCUCGAAUUAUCUCGUUUCGUUAAGCUCACAUAGUUAUCAUGAAAUCCCCCUCCCCUCCCCAAAUACAACUACUGGACUAGAGGAAAUAGCCUAUUUAUUCCAUGGAACUUUGACUAAGAGAGUUUAUAUAUGACUUAAAACAUUUGAUGAUCGUCGAAUUCUGUAUUGUCAAAGUACGGUUGAACUUCGUGAAAUAAUUUGUAGCUGACAUAAUAUAAGAGCAUAAAACAC